CGGAUCGCCCGGACCAUCUGGCCUCGUGGGGUCGGAACGACGAGAGGCGUCGGGGCGGCUUGCGGUGUCGCGGCGGAUCCACGAGGGAAGGGAGGGGAGCGAUGCCGGUGAGGCGGCGGCAGCCGCGGCGGAGGGAGACGGGGGCGGUGGAGAGGUACGGGGAGAUGGGGAUAUCGGCCGCGCUGUCGCGGCCGUGGGACUACCCGACGGCGUGCGGCGAGAUCGCGGCGCUACUGCGGAACGGGUACGCGGACCUCCCCAAGGCCGCCCAGGCUCUCGUCGCUGCAGACGUGCUUCUCGCGUUCCGGCUCCUCCCUGAUGUGCAGACAGGAUAUGCAUUGAGUGCAGCUAAUGGUCUUCUCCAAGCAGUAGAAGGUUCUCUACCAAAGCAAAAGAAGGCACAGGCUAUUUCAGAGUUCAAGCGUUCCAUUGUUGCACAUAAGCGGCAUGCUAGGGUUCAACAAGAUCCAGGUGCAACACACAUACCAUACGAUGUGCUUGUUCAUAUUUUCAGUUUUCUUGACAUGCGCUCUUUGCUAGCAGCUGGUCUUGUCUGCUGGCCUUGGAAUUCAGCUGCAAACGACAACAACCUGUGGAAAAUGAAUUACUCCCUUUUCUUCAGCAUCUACCCUAUGAACUGCAAUAGCACACCGACACCUGGUAAUGUACAGAACAGUGAUGGUCAUGUGCAGAAUAGCAUGUAUCCAGUGUCUCCUGAUCCUGGUUUUAGCUGGAAAGAGGCUUUCCAAAAUAAAUAUGCAGAACAAGAAACAUGGAGUUCCGCUUCAAAUAGAGCUUUAUGUGGAUUUUGCCGAUCUGUCAUUUGGCUUUGCAACCUGACUUCUGCUACUCCACAUCAAUGUCCUAAGAAUGGAAAAGAUGGAGUAAAACUAGGACCUCUAUUACCUCUUACAGUUGCUGAUUACAUAUUGGGCAUCGAUGACUUGACAGCUUCAUCGUCUGAAAGUGCUGAUACAGAUAGUGAUUCUGAAAAUUAUCACCAGGCACGUUUUUGGUCGUUAUCAUAAUAAAUGAAAAGGAAUGCAUAUUGGAUGAAAUAGAUUGCGAACUUGUUAUAUAGUUCUUUAUUUUGUUAUGUCUAUAUUAAUUUCUUGUAGUUUCCUAGUGUGGUAUAUGCACCAUCAGUAGCAACCGCGUGAAAUGGUUCACCGGUUCACCGAUUUAGAAGUACUCCCUCCAAUUUUUUUUGUU